CCACCCACCAUGGCGGAUCUAACGAGGCCGCCUCUGUGUGACAUCAAGCGACCCGAGGAAGUGGUGAAAAUGUCGAUGACGGACAACCUCAAGUUCGCGGUCCUGAUCGGGCUGAUUGAGGUUGGCCAGGUGUCAAACCGGGAGGUGGUCAACACGGUGCUGCAUCUGCUUGUUGGUGGCGAAUUCGACAUGGAGCUGAACUUCGUUGUGCAGGACGCACAAAACGUGAAACACAUGCUCGAGCUGUUGGAUCACUGCCCGGCAAACCUGCAGGCGGAGGUGUGGAGCGUGUUUAUCGCGAUCCUGAAAAAGAGCGUACGCAACCUGCAGGCGUGUACCGAGAUCGGGCUGAUCGAGCAUGUGCUGGCACGGCUGCAGCAGGCCGAACCGAUUGUGGCCGAUCUCUUAAUCGAGAUGCUCGGUGUGCUCGCUAGCUACAGUAUUACGGUGAAGGAGCUAAAGCUACUGUUCGGCGCUAUGAAAGCAGUCAACGGCAAAUGGCCUCGUCAUUCGGCCAAACUGCUUAACGUAUUAAAACAGAUGCCCCACCGAAACGGGCCGGAUGUGUUUUUCAGCUUUCCCGGGCGCAAGGGUUCGGCUGUUGUACUGCCUCCGCUAGCAAAAUGGCCGUACGAGAACGGAUUUACCUUCAGCACUUGGUUUCGGUUGGAUCCGAUCAAUUCGGUUAACAUUGAGCGUGAAAAACCCUACUUAUACUGUUUUAAAACGUCCAAAGGAGUCGGGUACACGGCACACUUCGUGGGUAACUGCCUGGUACUAACGUCCAUGAAGGUGAAGGGCAAGGGUUUCCAGCACUGCGUGAAGUACGAGUUUCAACCGCGCAAGUGGUACAUGAUUGCCAUUGUAUAUAUCUACAACCGGUGGACGAAGAGUGAGAUCAAGUGCCUGGUGAAUGGCCAGCUAGCGUCGAGCACGGAAAUGGCCUGGCUAGUGUCAACGAAUGAUCCGUUCGACAAGUGCUACGUCGGUGCCACGCCGGAACUGGAUGAGGAGCGUGUGUUCUGCGGGCAGAUGGCCGCAAUCUAUCUCUUCUCGGAGGCGCUCACCACGCAACAAAUCUGUGCUAUGCAUCGACUCGGCCCGGGUUACAAGUCCCAGUUCCGCUUCGACAACGAGUGCUAUCUGAAUCUGCCGGACAACCACAAGCGGGUGAGUGAGGCGAAAGCCAUCAUUUCGUCGCUUUCUCCAACGCCACUGGCUCCGACCGAGUCAACUAUCCAUAGAAAUCUAGUUAGUGGUAGCACUGCUGCUGCUACUGCCGCUGCUGCUGCUGCUACCGGUGCCGCCGCUGCCGACCACCACCACCCGUCCUCGUUUUCCUCAUCCUCGACCGCGGCUUCGGCCAGUUCCGGUGUUGCGCUUGCUUCCGCUGCCCCGGGCUCCGGUGGCGAACCGUUUGAUUUAGUAUCCGUGCUGUACGAUGGUAAACUUUCGAGUGCCAUCGUCUUCAUGUACAAUCCGGUCGCAACGGACGGUCAACUGUGUUUACAAUCGGCUCCCAAGGGCAAUCUAUCGUACUUCGUGCACACGCCGCACUCGCUUAUGCUGCAGGACGUAAAGGCUGUUGUUACCCAUUCCAUCCACUGUACGCUGAACUCGAUCGGCGGUAUACAGGUGCUGUUUCCACUGUUUUCGCAACUUGAUAUGCCUUACGAAGGCACGGACGUGCGAAAGGACCCAACACUUUGCGCGAAGCUGCUUGGAUUCAUCUGUGAGCUCGUCGAAAGCUCACAAACGGUACAGCAGCACAUGAUACAGAAUCGAGGAUUUCUGGUGAUAUCCUUCAUGCUGCAACGUUCCUCCCGCGAUCACCUAUCGUUAGACGUGCUGGGAUCGUUUCUGAGUCUUACCAAGUAUCUGGUGACUUGCCUGUCCGCCAACUCGGAUCUCUUGCUCAAACAGCUCUUCUGUUUCUCUUUCCUCACCUGGCAGCUGCUAGAUCACGUGCUGUUCAAUCCUUCACUGUGGAUUUAUACCCCGGCGACAGUACAGGCACGCCUGUACGCGUACUUGGCGACGGAGUUUCUUAGCGAUACACAAAUCUACAGUAACGUACGCCGCGUCAGCACUGUCCUUCAGACGGUGCACACGCUCAAAUUCUACUACUGGGUGGUGAAUCCGCGCGCGAAGAGCGGCAUCACGCCGAAAGGGCUCGAUGGUCCCCGACCGGCCCAGAAGGACAUACUGGCAAUCCGUGCUUACAUACUGCUGUUCCUCAAGCAGCUCAUCAUGAUCGGUAAUGGCGUCAAGGACGACGAGCUGCAGAGCAUCCUUAACUACCUGAUGACGAUGCACGAGGAUGAAAAUUUGCACGACGUGCUGCAGAUGCUCAUCUCGCUGAUGUCCGAACAUCCGAGCUCGAUGGUGCCGGCGUUUGAUGUGAAGCACGGUGUGCGCACGAUCUUCAAACUGCUCGCCGCCGAAAGUCAGCUGAUACGGCUGCAGGCAUUGAAGCUUCUCGGCUUCUUCCUGUCACGCAGCACGCACAAGCGAAAGUAUGAUGUAAUGUCGCCGCACAAUCUGUAUACGCUGCUCGCUGAACGAUUGCUGCUGUAUGAAGAGUCCGUCUCACUACCGACCUACAACGUGCUGUACGAGAUCAUGACCGAGCACAUCUCGCAGCAGAUCCUGUACGCGAAACACCCCGAGCCGGAAAGUCACUACCGGUUGGAGAAUCCUAUGAUACUGAAGGUGGUCGCAACGCUCAUCCGCCAGUCAAAACAGUCCGAGCAGCUGAUCGAGGUAAAGAAGCUGUUUCUCUCCGAUAUGACACUGCUGUGCAACAACAAUCGCGAAAACCGGCGAACCGUCCUGCAGAUGAGCGUAUGGCAGGAGUGGCUAAUCGCGAUGGCGUACAUACACCCGAAAAACUCGGAGGAACAGAAGCUGUCCGAUAUGGUGUACUCGCUGUUCCGCAUGUUGCUGCAUCAUGCCAUCAAGUACGAGUACGGCGGGUGGCGCGUGUGGGUCGAUACGCUCGCAAUCGUACACUCGAAGGUGUCGUACGAGGAGUUUAAGCUACAGUUCGCCCAGAUGUACGAACACUACGAGAAGCAUCGGACGGAUAACAUAACCGAUCCGGCACUUCGUCAGCAACGUCCAAUCAGCACAAUCAGUGGCUGGGAGCACGGUGCUAACGGUAGCAAUGGAACCGGUGCCGGAAAGGACGGUGAGCUGGACAUGCACGGCAAAUGCGUAAAGCAGAUAGUGCCGGGUUCGACCGGUGCUGGCGUUACGGUAACGCCCGGUUGUGUUUGCGAACCGGAAACGGGUGAAACGAUGAUCGAUACGAGUGUGAUGACGAAGCAGCAAGCGAUCGGGUUUGCAAACUGUGCACCGGACGCACCAACCGGCAAUGGGUACAUGCGGGGCGGUGAGGCGGAUCUAACAGAGGAGGACGAGCUGCCGGCGCACGCCGAAGUGGACGAAGAUGCGGACGGCGUAGAUGAAGAAGAGGAAGAGGAUGAAGACGAAGAACAGGAUGAGGACGAAGGUGAUGAGGAUGGUGAGUUUGGUGCAACCGUGCAGCAUCAGCCACGCAACGAAACCGUAACCAUUGCAAGCCAAACAACUGCUACCACCACCGAAAGUGUGGUGAAAACAAUUGUCGAUGAAAUUAUCGAUAAAUCGGCCAACAUGUUGGUGGAGCACAGUGAAGCAUCCAUGAACGACGACGACGACGAGGACGAGGACGAUGACGAACGACAUGGCAAGGAGGCACCGGCCGAACCGACAUCCUCGCCAGUGAUUAAGGACGAAGAGAUCGAACUAGCGGUUAACGAAGUGGUCAAGAUGAACCAGAACGCAUUGAAACCUGCGGAGGGUGAAGAUGUCGGAUUGGAUGGUGGCUCGCCUGUUGACAGCGUGAACAACAACCAGAAAUUAGGGGACGAUCCGUCGACCCGGGGUAGCGUGGAAACAGUCGGCAGUACGUCGGAGUCAUCCACCGUUAGUAGCUCACCCUCGGUUGCCUGUGUCAGUGAUAAAUCAAAUGAUAGACCCACGCCGAUGUCACCGGUACUGCAAAACGAACCGGAUCCGAAGAAGGUGUUCGAUGCUGUUGGCAGCAUAGUGGACGAACUGAUUGAUCGGUGCUUCCCGGUAGAGGAGAGUAGCGCAGAUAUUCCAGCCUCACGUGAACUAGCCGCUGAAAUGCAGGAAGUCGUCGAGUCAAUCAUAACCGAUGCGGUCGAAAAGGUGGAAAAAGCAGGCACGCCUGGCACGACGGUAGGUGAAAGUGGGGAAGGAAACGAGCAGCAGAUUGGACAGCAGGAAGGUGGUAGUAUGCAUCACCACCAUCAUCACCAUCGUCACCAUCCGCAUCACCAUCAUCAUCAUCAUCACCAUGUGCAUGAGGGUGAGGAACAUCAGCGGAUUUCCGUUGUGUCCGAUGCGAUGGAAGGUAUGGCAAUCAAUGACAAGCAGCGCACCGGUGGCAGUUUGAUCGAGGAGGAGGAAGAUGAAGUUGAUGAGGAAGAGGAAGAGGAGGAGGAAGAGGAGGAAGAGGACGAUGAUGGAGAAGUGUUGGUGGCGGAAACAGAGGAACGGUUCGAACCGACCGAUGAGAGUGAGGAACGCACGAACAGUAACGAUACCGACAAGGAAGGUAUCACUGGCACAGCGGUCGGUGUGAAGCCGGCCAGCAAUAGUACGAUCGGUUCCGGAUCGAAGCGUGCCGUCAGUGUGUCAACCAACACGCAACAGUAUCUCGAUGCACAAUCGCACCCGAAACAAAGCCAAUCGGUACAACAACACCAGCAGCAACAAUCGACCGCCUCACAAGCGCCCGUACAAUCGAUGAGUUAUGAGGGCAGUAGUGGUGCCGGUGGUGGUAGCAAGCGCUCCAAAUCUGCCUCGACACGUCCAAUGUUUUCGCCCGGUCCCACCCGGCCCCCGUUUCGCAUACCGGAGUUUAAAUGGUCCUACAUUCACCAGCGCCUGCUGUCCGAUGUGUUGUUUUCGCUGGAAACGGAUAUCCAGGUGUGGCGCAGUCACUCCACCAAAAGCGUACUGGACUUUGUCAACUCGGCGGAAAAUGCCAUCUUUGUGGUAAACACCGUACAUCUGAUCUCGCAGCUCGCCGACAAUCUGAUCAUUGCGUGUGGUGGGCUGCUGCCGUUGCUUGCUAGUGCCACUUCGCCUAACUCCGAGCUGGACGUACUCGAACCGACCCAGGGCAUGCCGCUCGACGUGGCCGUUUCCUUCCUGCAGCGGCUCGUUAAUAUGGCGGAUGUGUUGAUAUUUGCCAGUUCGCUAAACUUUAGCGAACUCGAGGCGGAGAAGAACAUGUCGUCCGGUGGCAUAUUGCGGCAGUGUUUGAGGCUGGUGUGUACUUGUGCGGUGCGCAACUGUCUCGAGUGCAAGGAACGGACGCGCGGUCUCUACAACGGCAUGUCGCUCAAGGACAUCCCGGGUGGCGUCCAUCUGCAGGCGCUCAUCCGCGGUGCACAGUCCACCUCGAAGACGAUCAUCGAAUCACUGUCCGGACCGAUGAGCCCGGUAAAGGAUCCGGAGAAGCUGCUACAGGAUAUGGACAUUAACCGGCUUCGGGCGGUCAUCUACCGCGAUGUGAAACGACUCUUUCAGGAGGAAACAAAGCAGGCACAGUUCCUUUCCCUCGCGAUCGUCUACUUCAUCUCGGUGCUGAUGGUGUCGAAGUAUCGCGACAUACUGGAACCGCCGGUUGAGCUGCAGAUACACCGUAACUCGUCGCCCGUCAUCCAUCGGUCUACGCCCACACAGGAGUCGAGCAAUCGGCCACUGUUUCCGCAAUGGUCGCACCACGUCUACCCACAGUUCCUGCCCGGAUCCCAUCCGAACCAUCAGCCGACGGUAGUGCACGGCAGCAGCAACACCAUCACAUCCUCCUCGUCGCAAACCAUUUCAUCCUCGUCCGGUUCGUCGUCUGCCGGCGGGUGUGCCAACCUGCUGAACAACAACAACAACAACAGCAAUCUUAUCAACAACAACAACCUGGCCGGCCUAAACCAUAAAGAUGCUGGCGGCGCUAGCGUGAACGGUGGUGCACUGCCAAUGUACUACGGGCAUGUAGCGGCCGGUGCAGCGACAAAUGCCGCCACCACGACCACCAACAACACGCUUAACAACAACAACAACCAAAGCUUCGGGGCCGGUCCCGGCAGCUGUAUCUUUACCAGCGAAAUGCUCAACUGUUACACACCGGCAGCCGCAUCCGCUGCCGCCGCCAUCGCCGGUGGCCAUCUGCACCAUCAGCAUCAACAACCGGCACCGCAGCAACAGCAACAGUUCGCACAGCAACAACAGCAUGGUCUGAACAACAACUCACUAACGGCGCUGGUGAAUGCGGGUGGGGUCGGUGCAUAUGGUGCGGGCGGUGCCACGGUCGGUGGGCUUGCACCACAGCAGCAUUUGCGUGGUGUUGUCGGACGGGCAACCGCAACAACUGUGACCACCGGUCUGCACAAUGGUGUCGUCGGCCAUACCGUCGGUGGCAAGCUAUCGAAAGGAACCCAAUCGAUGCAGGAAGGUGACUAUGAGGUGAUCGUGGUCGACGAAAACAACUCCUCCGUCAUAGCCGACAACGAUUCACACUCCAGCGGUCCGCUGUCGAUAAAGGCCGUUACCUCUGCAAGCAACUCGCGGCGCACAUCGAUGGCCAAACAACAGGACCAUUCGGUACCAUCGUCGGCAGGUACUGCUAGCGUUAGCGAUCUUCGUCUACAGUCCUGCUACCAGCAGCCGAUGCUAUCAUCCGGUCUGACAGCAACCACGGCCACUGUGACACCGACCGUGACCGCUACCAUUGCCGUGAGCGAACAGCGUCCGGAUGUUGUCCACAGGGUGGCACAGGGCCAACCGAAGAGCGUGGAUUCUGACGGAGGUUCACUGAACCUGAACUCGACCGAAAACGACCCACAGGAGGUGGAAACAUCGAGCGAGAUAAUGCCGGACGACAACAAGCCGACGAACUCGAACGACGAAAGCUGGACGGACGUGAAUCUAAAUGAUGAUGUUGCCAGCGAGCUGAAACCACCGCGUACGGACGGUGCGGUCGGUGUGGGUGGUGUUGCGGGCAGCAACGGUGGCGGUGGAACUGGUGGAGAUCGUCUCGGCUCCAUGGCCAGCACGCUCGGUAGCCGAAUGGACGGUAGUGUCGGUAGCGGGGCGAAUGUCGAUCUCGGCGGUGGGGGAGCUGGUGGUGCUGGUGGUGUGAAGUUAGAAUCCGAUAUUGCGGUAGUGCGCGUACCGGACGGAUACGGUGGUCAAGUCGUACCAAGCGGUGGUUCGGUACGGGGCCGACCGGAGGAUCUGAACCUGAAGGCACCGUUCGUAAGCCAGCUCCCGUUGGCAUUACCGUCACGCGAGGCAAGCCUGACGCAGAAGCUGGAAAUAGCGCUCGGACCCGUCUGUCCGCUGUUGCGCGAAAUAAUGGUUGAUUUUGCACCGUUCCUGUCGAAAACGCUGGUCGGUUCCCACGGUCAGGAGCUGCUGAUGGAGGGCAAGGGAUUAACGACGUUCAAGAACAGCCACUCGGUUGUGGAGCUGGUGAUGCUGCUCUGCUCGCAGGAGUGGCAGAACAGCCUCCAGAAGCACGCCGGCCUCGCAUUCAUCGAGCUAAUCAACGAAGGCCGACUGCUGUCGCACGCGAUGAAGGACCACAUCGUGCGGGUAGCGAACGAGGCCGAAUUCAUACUGAACCGAAUGCGGGCGGACGAUGUGCUGAAGCAUGCCGACUUUGAGUCCCAGUGUGCCCAAACCCUGCUCGAACGGCGUGAGGAGGAGCGGAUGUGUGACCAUCUCAUUACAGCGGCACGGCGCCGUGACAACGUCAUCGCGAGCCGGCUGCUAGAGAAGGUGCGCAACAUAAUGGGCAACCGGCACGGGGCUUGGGGCGAUAUGAACGCAAACUAUCAGAAGCAGAUCUUCUGGAAGCUGGACGCAUGGGAGGACGAUGCGAGACGCCGGAAACGCAUGGUGCAAAACCCUCGUGGUUCCAGCCAUCCGCAGGCGACGCUAAAAGCAUCGCUUGAAAAUGGUACCGCUGCAACGUCCGGCACAACAGCGACGUCGGCGAUCGCUCCGACCGGUACAGAUGAGGCGGUCGGUGCGGAAACGACCGCCCCAGGUGGUGGCCGGCCUGCUGGUGUUGCACGGGAGGAAAUUUACUCCCAAAUUGCGGUACCACGCUCGCAGCAACCGGACCUGCUGGACGAUUCCGAGCUGCUGAUAGAGGAUCGCGAGCUAGAUCUCGACCUGACCGGACCGGUGAACAUCAGCACGAAGGCGAAACUGAUCGCACCCGGGCUGGUGGCGCCCGGCACCAUGUCAAUUACCUCCACCGAGAUGUACUUCGAGGUGGACGAAGAGAACGGCGAGUUCCAGCAGAUCGACCAGGAGGUGCUAAAGUACUGUGACCACCUGCACGGCAAGUGGUACUUCUCGGAGAUUCGGGCCAUCUUUUCCCGGCGAUAUCUGUUGCAGAACGUAGCGCUCGAGAUCUUUCUCGCUAGUCGCACCUCGAUACUGUUCGCCUUCCCGGACCAGCACACCGUGAAGAAGGUGAUCAAAGCGCUGCCCCGGGUCGGUGUUGGCAUCAAGUAUGGCAUACCGCAGACGCGCCGUGCAUCGAUGAUGUCGCCCCGUCAGCUGAUGCGCAACUCGAACAUGACGCAGAAGUGGCAGCGGCGCGAAAUUUCCAACUUUGAGUAUCUGAUGUUUCUGAACACGAUCGCGGGCCGAACGUACAACGAUCUCAACCAGUAUCCAGUGUUCCCGUGGGUCAUCACCAACUACGAGUCGCGCGAGCUCGACCUGAGCCAACCGUCAAACUAUCGCGACCUCUCGAAACCGAUCGGUGCGCUGAACCCGAGCCGACGGGAAUAUUUCGAGGAGCGGUACGAAACGUGGGACACGCCCGGUAUACCACCAUUCCAUUACGGCACACACUACUCCACCGCCGCGUUCGUGCUGAACUGGUUGAUACGCAUCGAACCGUUCACGACGAUGUUCCUUGCGCUGCAGGGUGGCAAAUUUGACCAUCCCGAUCGGUUGUUCUCCUCCGUGGCACUGUCGUGGAAAAACUGUCAACGCGACACAUCCGACGUGAAGGAGCUAAUACCGGAAUGGUACUUCCUGCCCGAGAUGUUCUACAACGCGUCCGACUAUCGGCUGGGCCAGCGCGAUGAUGGCAGCGCGGUUGGGGAUGUGGAUCUGCCACCGUGGGCAAAAACGCCGGAAGAGUUCGUACGCAUCAACCGGAUGGCGCUCGAGUCGGAGUUUGUCUCCUGUCAGCUGCACCAGUGGAUCGAUCUAAUCUUCGGCUACAAACAGCGCGGCCCGGAAGCGAUGCGUGCGACGAACGUGUUCUACUACCUCACGUACGAAGGUAGCGUCGAUCUGGACACGAUCGGUGAUCCGGUGACGCGGGACGCCAUCGAAAAUCAGAUCCGCAACUUUGGCCAAACGCCCAGCCUGCUGCUAAUGGAGCCGCAUCCGCCACGCUCGUCGGCGAUGCACCUGUCGCCGAUGAUGUUCAACACGAUGCCGGACGAUGUGUGCAUGUCGCUCAAGUUCCAUCUGAAUUCGCCCAUCAUACACAUCUCGGCCAACACGUACCCACAGCUACCGUUGCCAUCGGUUGUAACCGUUACCGCGGGCCAUCAGUUUGCGGUAAACCGUUGGAACUGUCAGUACACCGCCAGCAUCCAAAGCCCGAGCUACGCGGAAUCGACGCAAAACAUGAACGCCAAUCUACCGCUCACGAUGGAUCCUUUGUUAUCUCAAAUAAAUGGGCACAACAGCAGCAACCAACAGAACCGGCGCCAUCUCGGUGACAACUUUAGCCAGAAGCUGCAGAUAAAAUCCAACUGCUACGUUACGACGGUUGACAGCCGGUUCCUGAUCGCAUGCGGCUUUUGGGACAAUAGUUUUCGCGUGUUUUCCACCGAAACGGCAAAGAUUGUGCAGAUCAUUUUCGGUCAUUUCGGCGUAGUUACGUGCCUGUCACGGUCCGAAUGUAAUAUUACGUCCGAUUGCUAUAUCGCGUCCGGUUCGGCUGAUUGUACAAUAUUGUUGUGGCAUUGGAACGCACGCACACAGUCAAUCGUUGGCGAGGGUGAGAUACCAACACCGCGUGCUACGCUUACAGGACACGAAACAGCCGUCACGUCGGUGGUGAUCAGUGCUGAGCUGGGACUGGUUGUAUCUGGUUCAAUAAACGGACCAGUCUUGGUACAUACGACGUUCGGUGAUCUGUUGCGGUCGUUAGAAGCACCGAAAGAUUUUAUAUCGCCCGAAAACAUUACACUAUCGCGCGAGGGUUUCAUCGUGGUGAACUACGAUGAAGGUAGCGUUGCCGCAUACACCAUCAAUGGGAAGCUGCUUCGCUAUGAAUCACACAACGAUAACCUACAGUGCAUGCUUCUGUCGCGUGAUGGCGAAUAUUUGAUGACUGCCGGAAAUAAGGGCAUCGUGGAAGUGUGGCGAACGUUUAAUCUCGCACCGUUGUACGCGUUUCCGGCUUGCAACAGUGGAAUACGUUCGCUAGCUCUCACGCACGAUCAGAAGUAUUUGCUAGCCGGUCUGGCAACAGGAUCCAUUAUCGUGUUUCACAUCGAUUUCAACCGCUGGCACCAUGAGUAUCAGCAGCGUUACUGA